CUCGCUCUUGAGUGUGAGUCGGUUGAUACUCAUACGACAAUAGAGGGAACAUAUUAACAUAAGACUUCUCGGAAUUUGAAUCUUUGUGUAACAUUAAAAACAAUGUGAGACACAGUUUCUUGAACAGAGAGCGUCUAUAUUUUAUUUACUGUAUUCACAGCGCAUUCAGUUCAAUGGAUGAGAAUUUAAAUUUGUUAAUGGAUCACCGACAAGUCCAUGCAAAUGGGAAGAGGGAAAAAAGUAAAAAUGCAAAGCGUACAAACGACGCAAAUUGUCCUGAUGUCAAUUCAAAACGGCUGAAAGUGUCACAUUCGAAAGAGAACAUCCCUCCUGUAUUAUCUACCACCCAACAGAAACUAUGUGGCAAAAUCAGAAAAGUCCAUCUUGUAAACUUCAUGUGUCAUUCCAACUUUGAAUUUAAUUUUGGUGAUAAAAUUAACUUCAUAAGUGGUAAAAAUGGAAGUGGGAAAAGUGCUAUUUUGACCGCUCUUGUAAUUGGACUUGGUGGCCGCACUGCUGAUACCAACAGAGGGAAAUCGUUUAAUCAACUGAUUAAGAGUGGCCAGCACAAAAGUACAAUUGAAAUAUCGAUGUCAAAUGAAGGUUUACAAGGGUUUGAACAAAGUAAAUAUGGCAAUGACAUCACCGUUAUAAGAAACAUUACUGAAAAUGGGUCAUCCAGCUAUAAGCUAAGACUUGCAACAGGUUCAUUAGUUCCUUUAAAAAGUAGCGAUUUGAAAAUGCUUCUUCUCCGGUUUAAUAUUCAAGUCAGCAACCCGCUUUGCAUCCUCAAUCAAGAUACAUCGAGAACAUUCUUGAAAACAGCUACACCCAAGGAGUUGUAUUCUUUGUUUAAAAAAGCUACACUUAUUGAACUAGUGUCUGAGCAGAUUUCCCAACUAAGAAAUGAACGAAUUCCUCAACUGAAGGAUUUAACUGAACGAAAAAAACAAGCAGCCACUGAUGGUUCCAGGGAUAUAUUGGAAUAUCAGAAGAAGCUCGAGCUCUUCAUGGAAUUUCAGAAACUCCUUGCUGAAGAGAGAAAUUUGCAGAAUUGCUUAUAUUGGUCUUAUGUGAAAGAGUUGGAAGAACAGUUUCAAGAAGUUCAGGCUCAGUUUGAGGAGAACAAGCGAGUCAUACAGCAUCACAAGGAUAAUCUUGAUAAAGCAGAAAGCCAACGUGAGAUACUCACAACGAAAAAUGAGCGUUUAACAAAUGAAAUAGAACGGCUUAAAGAGGACUGCGAAGCCAAAGAAGUGGAGAGUACAGGGUUCCAACAGAAACUAUUAUACCACAAAAGUUUGUUGAAUAAGAAAAACAACGAAUUGAACACGUUAAGCAAGCAGAUUGCAAACAAUAGAAAAAAUUGUGAACGAAUCAGCGAAGAAAUUAAAAACAAGAGCAAGCGUACUGAAGAAAUAAACGAGCAAAUGGUUAGGAUUAAAGAAAAAAUAACAGAGCUGAAUACAAGGAAGGUUGAACUGAAAGCGGUUAAACAGACGACUGACGUACACAAACAGCAACUCCAAGACACGCUGAAUGAAACUUGCAGUAAGGUUGACAAUCUGAAGCAAACAAUGUCUAAUUUAGAAAGGAACAUAAAUUCUAAAAUGAAUUACCUCCAGCACUUGAAAAGCACAAACAACAAGUACAGCGUUUUCGCCAACUGGAUGCCCCAGCUAAUACAGCAAAUUGAAUCCGUUUACAAGAAAAAUAAAUUUAUCAAAAAGCCUGUCGGACCACUUGGUCUUUAUAUAAAAGUGAAAGACAAAACAUGGGGGCCGUCCAUUGAGAGCUUUCUGAGUACAAUGUUUCUUCAGUCAUUUUGUGUUGACAACUCAAAAGAUUACCAAACACUCUCAGCAAUAAUUAAGAAUCUUAACAUACCAAAUAAACAGAUGCCUACACUAUUUAUAACUAAGUUCUUUGAUCAGGUUCAUGACAUAAGAAGAACUGAAACAAAGCAUAACAUGUAUAGCAAUCUUCUGCACACUCUUGAAAUUUCAAACUCAGUUGUUGCAAAUUUGGUAAUCGACCAGUAUCAAGCAGACACUAUCCUUCUGAUCCCAACAAAUAAGGAGGCCCUACCACUCAUGAGUAAUGGAAAAUCUGUACCACAUAAUUGUAAUAUGGUGCUGACAAAAAUGGGUGAUAUGAUAUAUCCUUACCCGAACUUCAGUGCGUAUGCAGGAAAGGUUGCUCCAACGGCCAGAUACUUACACAACAGUACAUCAGACACGAUAAGGGUAACGACUGUCGAGGUUGAGACGCUCAGUAAAGACUUGAAUAAAUACAAGGUAGAUAUUCAGGAGCUUUAUCAAAAACAAAAGGAACAGAAAAAAAACCUAGAUACUGCCUUGAAAGAAAGUGAUAAAAUUAACAGGCAGAUUGUCACCUGCGAGGAGAAAAUAAUCGACCUUCAAGAGAACGAAAUGCCUGUUAGCUAUAAUGCUAAUGUUUUGCUUGAUGAUCUUGAACACAGAACAAAAGUCAAUGAACAACUUGAAUUAAAUUUUGAAAAAAUCAACCAAGAAAAAGCCCAAUUAAAUAAACAAUGCGAAGAAAUGGAAGGCACUAGACAAGAACUCGAAGAGAUUCAGAAAAAAUUCUUUCUUGAAAUAAAAUCAAAAGAGGACAAAAUCAAAGAGAACAAGGUGGAAUUAAAGAAGUAUAACUUGAGCCAAGAUAACUACCUUGAAGUGAUAAAGAAGCAAGAAAUGAGGGCUCAGUCUUUUAAAGAUAAACUCAAAAAGAUUGAUGAAGAACUAAAAAAAGCUAACGAGGCUGCAAUGACAGCUUGUCCAGAAAGGGUAAUAUCUGAAAGCUCAAAAGUGGAUCUUGAACUUCAACUAAAAAAGGUCAUGGCUAGAAUAGCUGCGAUGGAGAAGCGAGUUGGUCCAAAGCCGAAAGAACCUCAGAGUCAUAGAGAACGGCUGGCACAGUUUGAAGAAGACUUAAAACAGGCAGUCGAGUACAAAGAUUUUUGCAAUCACUUGGAGCGACUUUCCAACCUGGUAAUGGACAGGCUACACCAGUUAAAACAGUAUAUUGCUAGCAGCACUAGGCAGGCCUUCAAGACUAUUAUAAGAAUGAGAAAAUUUGUGGGCACUCUGAAUGUUGAUCACGAAGAAGAAACAUUAGCUAUUCAGUUAAGGUCAGAUCCCAACUCACAAACAGAAACCGUUAUUACUACUCUUUCAGGAGGAGAAAGGUCAUUUUCCAUGGUCGCCUUUAUUAUGGCGCUUUGGAACAAUAUGGAAAGUCCAUUUUUCUUUAUGGACGAAUUUGACGUAUUUAUGGAUGAAGUCAACCGUAAGCUUAUUAUGGAACUAUUAAUGACACAUGCACGCUCCCGGCCUGAGAAGCAGUUUGUCUUUCUCACGCCACAUGCCACUUAUGAAAAAAAUGUUACAGAUAUACAGUUUUUCAGGAUGGAUGAUCCCCGAGAAAAACAUUGAUUCUGACAUUCAGUUUCGA